AUGUCGUUUAUUCUUAGUCAAGAUACUCCAAAUACAGGACUGGAUAGUGAAAAUACAACAGAAAAUGGGACUGAAGCCCAAGAGACUAGUAGCAUUGCUGACCAAGAGGUACUUUCAGAAACAACAGACUCUCUGCUUUCCUCUGUUUCCUCUCCAAAACCACAUGCUUCUAAGAAGUCCAAGACUGCAGAUCCCAUUUUGGAAAAGGCUCAAAACAUUAUACUUGAAACAAGUGAAAAAAGAAGAAAUGAAUUUGCUGGUUUCGCAGAGCAUAUAGCAAACUAG